CGCGGCGUUAUGGCCCAAAACUCGCCUCAAACGGGGAUCUUGAGAAAUGGCCUGCAAAACGGUAUUGCGUUCCGUCUUCCUGACGGAACCACGGAGAAUCUCCGGCGCCGGGAGAUGCUUCUGUCUUCCUCUUUCUCCGGCAUCGAUUCCCAUCAAUGGUUGUUUCCCUGCACCGAAGAAUCCUGGUUUCGGCGGUUUUCCGUCGGCAUCCGGUCGGAAUCUCCACUCCAGCAGAGGGGCUCGGCUUAAUUGCAGCCAUAACGAUGAAGCCGAUCAAGGUCCGCCUCAAGAAGCUGUUCUUAAGGCGAUUUCAGAAGUGUCAAGGACUGAUGGAAGAGUUGGGAAAGCUACCCAUGUGAUUAUGGGAGGCACUGUGGCUGAUGACUCGACUAAAGAAUGGCUAGAACUAGACCAAAAGGUCAAUACAUACCCGACAGACAGAGGGUUUACUGCUAUCGGGACUGGUGGCGAUGACUUUGUGCAAGCUAUGGUUGUUGCAGUUGAAUCCGUUAUUCAAAGACCGAUACCCGAGGAUUGUGUGAGGCAGACGUUAUCGAAGAAAGGGAAAUAUGUAUCGGUGAAUAUUGGCCCUAUUCGAAUUCUUUCUAGCGAACAGGUUCAAGCUGUGUACAAUGCGAUGAGGAGAGACGAAAGGAUGAAAUACUUCUUGUAGAACAAUGAUCUGUCAUUCCCUCUUUCUCCCCUCCAUAAUGUACAACUCUCCGGUAAAGCCCUUCAUAGAUUCUUAACGUUGCUUCUGUUUAUGUUCGAAUAUAUUUAUCUGCUACUCUUAGAUAUAGGACUAUAAUUAAACAUAUGGAGAAAUUCCUU